UUAUGAUGAUUGUGUUUUAUGAUUAUGAUAAUUACUUAUCACUUGUUGCUUGUUAUGCACAGUGAGAGCUUAUGCACUGGAGACAAAUUCCUUGUGUGUCCAUUCACACUUGGCCAAUAAAGAAUUCUAUAAACAUGCAAAUGUAUUCGAUUCCUGUGGCUUUUCUUAAGUCAUUUGCAGGGCAGUUGCUUUAAGAGCAAGUCGUCCACCAGAUACUCCUUUUUACCUUCUGACCUGCUUCCGUUUCCUUACUUUUUUUUUUUUUUUGCAACGCUGUUCUUCUGCGGGUGUAUUAGGAGAAAGGGCGUGAGAAUCCGCUAAAGGCUAAUAUCGCGGCUCAGACCGCAGCAAUAUCACUAGCUUCAGAUCGCUUUCUCCAGCAGGUAGCAUUCUUGCUUAGGGAACUUGCUACCGUAAUAGAUGUAAUACAGCGGCAUCUCAAUAUCAGCCAUAUUAGGCCUUUGAAAGCGGCGCUGUACAUCAGUAGAAUGGAGCUCUUUUUAAACUCCACGCUCUUCAGUGGGCUUUCUCUUUUCUACCGUACUCCCUCUCAAGAAGCUUAUCGUGCAGCCAUGGUGCUUUCUGGAGCUGGUGAUGCCCUUGGAUAUCGCAACCAGCGCUGGGAAUACUGUACUUCGGGGCCCCAGAUCCACCAAGAGCUCCAGGAAAUGGGGGGACUUGGAAAGAUCCAUGUAGCUCUUCCUGAUUGGCCAGUCAGUGAUGACACUGUGCUGCAUCUGGCGACUGCUGAGGCCCUUGCCACAGGGAAGACUGGGGAGCCCUUGUUCCAGGAGCUGGCAAGAUGCUAUGUAGAGGGCAUGAAAGAUAUGGAAGGAAGAAAACCUGGACCCACCAGUAUUCUGGGAACAUCUCAGUUACGUCCAGGAGAGCCAGGUGGAUAUCACAUUCCCUUCAACUCUAACGCAACCGGUUGUGGUGCAGCUAUGAGAUCCAUGUGCAUUGGGCUUAGGUAUCCUCAGCCUUCUGAUCUCAACACCUUGAUCCAAGUCAGCAUAGAAAGUGGAAGAAUGACGCAUCACCACCCCACAGGCUAUCUGGGAUCUCUGGCUUCGGCCCUCUUCACUGCGUAUACUGUCCAGGGACUGCCCCUUGAGCUCUGGGGAUCUGGGUUGCUGAAGACUCUGCCCCUUGCCCUGGAAUACAUCCAGGCUGCUGGGGUUGAGACUGAAGCCAAUGUAGCAGCUUGGUCCUAUUUCCAAGAGAAGUGGGAAUGGUACCUGUCAGAACGGGGUCUCAUCGAUGGUCGGGGCCCAGUUCAAUUUCCUCCUGCCUACGGUCCUGCCGAGCGGGAUGUCAUCUACAAAACCUUCAGCCUGGAUGGGUGGGCUGGGCGGAGUGGCCAUGAUGCCCCCAUGAUUGCCUAUGAUGCCCUCCUGGGCGCUGGGAGCAGCUGGGAGCAGCUCUGUGGACGGUCCAUGUUCCAUGGUGGGGACAGUGACUCCACAGGGGUAAUCGCAGCUUGCUGCUGGGGCCUUACAUAUGGUCUCCAAGACAUCCCAUCUGGAAAUCACAUGGAACUGGAAUACCGAGACAGGAUGAUCUCUGCAGCCAACUCUCUCUAUCGCCUGGCUUGGGAGCGGGGGUCUGUUUGAGAAGCCGUUCCCAUAUCUAAUAUCCUCAAUUCCUGGGAAGAUAUAAACUGAAAACUUUCAAUAGAUAGAAAACUGCUGCUUUCAAAAUAAAUUGUAGCUGUAUUCUGCCUCGCUUUUGUGGACUGGAGGAGGGAUCCAUGCCAGAUUCUUAAGAUCCCGUAAAGAGAAGUCCUUUAGGAUAUAGAUUCCCAAGAUCCUGUAUAGACGUGUCCACAGGGAAGUGAUUAAAAAAGCUUCAAGAUGGAACCAGAGCCACAUGAUCGAAGUCUCACUCUUUUGGAGCGGAAUUUUAACCACAUGGUUGUGGCUGCCAUUUUGACUCCUUUGACCUUUUUGUAGGUGAACUAUUUCCUUUGACUUGAAAGAUAGUCCAUUUAAUAAGCAAGAGCAUCAUGAUUUCACAGAUGAUUGUGCAUUAUAUACAGUAUUUCUGGUAGCAACUUUUUAUUAUUUUACAUAUUUUAUAGCUAAGCUGAGCCACUGUGUGUAAAAAUAAUUCCUAGGCUUAAAAUCUUAAAAAGAAUUUGGUGGAAGAAUCGCCGAAUCCCUCCAUGCAAGACAAAUCACUGUUCAUAGAGACUGAAUUGAUUUCCUGCUGAAAUGAUGGAGGCAGUAUUUGUCUGAAAUCCAGGAUAAAUACAUGAUUACAUGAAUGUAGAGUCACCCACCUGUGAUGCAAAAGCACAAACUUCACUCACAAAAACCUCACUCGCACAGGAGAUCUGAGUAUAAAUGUGUUAUUCAGUCAUGGACAAAAAAAGGGCCACUAAAUUAAUAGGAUUAUGGAUCUUUUCUAUACAGAUGAAGCUAGGUUCAGUCAUCAAAGCUGCAUUAUUUCUUCCAAUUAUGAGUGUGUGACUUUGUCCUUUCCCAGUGGUAGCUGUAAUACCAGAUUUUUAUGCAGGUAGUCCUUGCUUACCAACCACCUAUUUAGUUUGGUAAACUAAAACUGCAAGGGAGAUGAACAAGAGAUACUUAGAACCGGUCCUCAAAGUUCUGGCCCUUAUAGCAAUCUCACAGUCCUGUGAUUUAUGAUUUGAGUGCUUAGAAACUGACUUGCACUUACAACAGUUGCAGUGUCCUGAGGUCAUGUGAUCGCCAUUUGUGACCUUUCCCCUCAGCUUCUCACAAGCAAAGUCAACAGAGAAGUCAGCAGGGAAGGUCACAAAUCACUUCAUUAAGCCCCCCCCCAGUCUUCCUGCAUUUGCACCCCAUCGCACCAUCCAUCCCUUGGCCUUUUUGGCGGCUUUCCCCAGUUCCCAGGCGGCAUUCAUCAGCCCUCCCUUCCAAGGCUUCCACUGGCUUUCCUCAUCCCUAUGCUCCUUAUCUGGAACUCCUGGCCAUUUCUUACUUAAUAACAGUGGGGUUAUUGUGUCAGCUAAGACUGCCAGGCUUGUCACUAAGGGAUGCAAUCAUGUGAUGUAGUUGUAUUGCUUAAUAACGGCAAUCCUGGCUCAACUUCCACGAAUCCAGGAACUACCUGAGGUCAGAGAAACUUUGGGGCGAAACCUUCAGUACAGAACACUUCUAGUAUAGAAUUUGUUCCUACACUGGCUCAUAACUAAGCAACUGCACUCAGGGGUGCAAUGAAGAUGGAUCCCAGGACCCAAAUCCAUGGCUCUGAAUGGUCUACAGAAUAUUAGGCUAGGAGCAGCAAAUAAGUUUGGCAUCCAUUCCUAUUCUGACAUGAGAAUGCCAGCAGUGCUCAUAUAAAAAAAAAACACAACUGUAAAUAUAUUUAGGUGCAUACUUUUAUUAAAAAGGUAAUAAUGAAGCCUAAAAUUGCAGGUAACACAGACAGAGGCAUUGCAAGGUGAUGUUCAUAUUUUAACAUGGCAUCUGUGCCUCCUUUUGAAGUUAAGGAAAUCAUGCUUUUUCAUUUACUUUUCAUUUUAUUUAUUUGUAUCCCACCAUUAUUAUUUUUAUAAAUAACUCAGGGCGGUAUAUUUACUGCUUUGAGCUAUUUGUAAAAAUAAUGACAGUAUAGAAAUAUAUCUAAUGCUCCCUCCAUUUUCCCCACAAUAACAUCCCUGUGAACUGAGUUGGAUUGAGAUAGAGUGACUGCCCCAAAGUCACUCAAAUGGCUUUCAUAUCUAAGGAGAGACAAGAAUUCACAGUCUCCCAUUUUCUAGCCUUCUGCCUUAACCACUUGAUCAAACUGGCUCUCCAGUUUGGCUUUUUAGCCAGAGCCCUUUUUUAAAAAAAUGUGCCUAUUCAUGAACUAAACAACAGGGAAUGUAUUAUGGAGUCCUGGGGUGUUGGCAAGUGUUAAAGCAACAAGCCUGGAUGGAAAAGGGGAAGAUGCAAGAUAUUUUAAGGAUGUUCUGUCUUUUCUCACAUCUAAUCAAUGUUUUGUUGCUUUCUGAUGCAUCAUCUAUACCUACAAAUCAUUCAUUCUGUAUCCCAUAUUAAGACUUCAACCCCCCCUCCCCCCCGGCAAUAAACAUGUUUUCACUUUG